UCUGCCUCAGGAAACAUCGAUAUGCUUCUUCCAUCGCGCCGCUCCACUGCAUCGCCGCAUCACCCGUGCGGCCGUGCCCCCGUCUGCUUCCUUCUGAACUUGCAAAUCCUUCCACCGCGCCGGCGCUGCACAUCGACUCCACUGCCCCCAAAAUUGCGCAUCCGGGCGCAGCGUCCCGGGCGGACCACAUGGCCAGAUGGUGGCUGCGGCGGCCACAGCGGCAAGCUGAGGCAAAAGCAGCGUCAGGCUCACAGCAGCAGCAGAAAAGCAGCGGCGGGUUCACAGCAGAAGCAAAAUGACGGAGACAAACAAUGCAAGCAGCAUGAUGCGGCGGGGAUGUCCAUCAGUAUCUCGUUGCGGGCAACAUCGCGCGGCGGCGGCGAGCGAAGACGGCGGCGAGACGCAGGGCGGCGCUUCGUGCUGCGGCGGGCCACCGGUGCAAAGCGGGGGCGGUGCCUCGCGCUGCGGCGAGACGCGGGGCGGCGCUCCGCGGGCGACGGCGGGCCACGGGCGCGGUUCAGGCGGCGGGCGGGGCUGCAUCGUGCAGCAAUGCCGAGCUGCAUCUUGCCGCGCGGGCAGGUAGAGGACGGCAACGAGCGGCGGGCCACCCCAGGGCUUCGAUUCAACUAGCGCUGGGUAGCCGGCCAGCAGCAAGCAGUCCUUGCGACUCAGCAACAACGAUUCAGGUACGCAUAUUAUUCAGAUUUCUAAUACAUGCUUGCACAACUUUUUAUUUAUGCAUGUAGACAGAGCUCAUAUGUUAUCAGAUUUUAUGUAUUUUAGCUCCUCACAUAUAUCCAUAUAUUUGCAACAAAAUGUCAAAUUCUAUGGGUAUAAACCAAAAGAGAGAGAUCAUGAAGGUUGCAGAAUUAAAAACCGAGAAGCAAACUGAUGAU